UUACUUUUUAAUCUCCAUUCCUUUUUUUAUUGCAUACACCCAUCCAAGAAUUCGUCAAGUCAUUCUUAACACAAGUGUAUCAGAUUGGCGCUUCUUCCGUUGUUGCCGUUGACUCUUCAUUCUCCUUUUGGAUCAUCUGAAAAAUGUCUGACAGCGCCAUUCGGAGUCAGGCACCAUUCAAUGUUCAAAGAAAGGUCACCACUGCCACGUCUGCCAGUGAUAACCCCAUGGCCAAAAAGUUUUCUAACAAGAAAUUUAGUAACCGUUUGAAGAAAGAUACAGCACAGAAAGGAUCAAUCCGACUCAACGCCAAGCUUCCCACAGAGCAAAGUCCUAAACAUAGCCUUGCUCUGGUUGAUACUUUACAAGUGCGGAUGCCAGCACCCUCUGAUACCAGUGUUCAUGAGUCUUCAUCAUUAUCUUCCCUUGAAAAUAUUUCGAAUGAUGACCUAGGGGAUCAUGAGGCCAGAAAUUGGACCCCACGCAACAAGGAGAGAAAUAUCGAAAUUCACGCUGAAAAUAUUGUUGACCCACCCAAUACAUCCCAUAAUAUCAAUGACAUCGAGCAACGGCAAGUUCGACAAUUUGUUGAGAAACUCAAAAGAGCCGUCUCAGCCCAUUCGAUAAAGGAGGAUGACAAGCAGCUUGUCACCAAACAUGAUAGCCAAAGUGAAACACGUCGAAGUUCAGAUCAAGCUCUGAAUAUCACUAACCUAACUUCGAUUUGGGACGAACCAAAACCAUUUCCGUCUGAUUUAAGCGAUAGUGGUUCUGAAGAGCAUCCGUUUGAAACUCCUUCCUUUUCAGCCUUUCGGCGUCCACAGCUCAGCAACCGACAAUCGUCAGACGCUGACAUAAAUGCCACUUGGGUUAAGGAUAAAGAUAACGCACCAAUAGGAUGGCUGUCACGGCACCAAAAGGGUCACUUUGCCAAUACUGACUUUGCCUGUCCCGUACCUGCAAAGUACAUACCCCGCAUAAAGCAGGAUCUUUACGAAAUGGUUUCAAACGUCUCCAUUGAAACAAAUGAGGAAGCAAAGUCAAUACCAUGCGAAGAAACAGUAACUGAAUCGCCACCCGAUGCCAACUGCUGCAUUAUACCCUCUUCGACUAUCGCAGACGUGACAAGCCCAUCAUUGACGGGAGUUUCCUCGCUUACCAACAAUGAAACCUAUGACCCAGCUAUUGUCAAUAUUAUACCCGAUGCAGACGCAAACUCUACAGUACCUUCACCAUCCUUGUCGAACGAUGAGCGAUCAGAAAUUACAGACGGUUCCAGCGACAUCGAUGUAUUUAACGAACCAUCAGUACACUCCACUAGCGCCUUACUGGAAAAUAUUCCAUAUGAUGAGUUGAUGUUUGGUGAAAAGGACAGCAUGGUCGAUACAAAUCUGGAUGCUACCCCAGAGAAUAUGCUUCAAUCACAACAAGCUAGACCACGUACUCAUGUUUUCCAAAAACAUACUUACUCGUUCUCGCACGACAUGAGCAUAGCCACUGAUAACUGCAAUAAGGGUUCGACCAUGGUUCAAGAGAAGCUCACUCAAACAAGCUCGGCUGCUGUUUCAUUCAACCAACCAUACCCUCAUAUCGACAUAGACCCUAUCAAACAGGUGUUUCAAAAAAUGGUGACUGUUCAUGAUCAACACGGUCAUCACGAUGAUAGACGAACUCAAGCAGCUCACAUUACUUUGAGAGGUGAAGCUAAUGACGGAAUGGUGGUGCGGAAAGAAGAUGAGCAGGAUAUAUCACUGGGUGUUAUUGUCGAACAUUUGGCACGACUACGCCCGUAUGAAGAGUGGAGCAAUAUCAGAUAUCUUGAUCUCAGCCAUCAGAAUUUGUCUGCAAUCUCAGGUUUACGAGAUUGUGUCCCUUUGCUGGAAGUGCUAAACAUCUCCCACAAUAUCAUCACCCACAUAGAUAAGCUUCCUCGUAGCCUUCGACAAUUGAAAGCUCACCACAACAGAAUCACUGACUGCUCUGGCUUGUGUGAUCUGCACGAUUUACAUUACUUGAACAUAUCUCAAAAUAUGCUGGAAAAUCUUCAGGAGUUGAGCACAUUGCGUAACAUGCAAGAGUUGCAUGCAGAAAACAAUCUCAUAUCAAGUUGGAGCGGAGUGAAGCACAUGAAGCUUCUGGUAAGACUGAAUCUGUCGCACAAUAGAUUACGAGAUCUGAAUCUUUCUGGGUCGUCACUACAUUCAUUGGAAAUGCUGAACCUAGCAUUUAAUGGUAUUGAGCGACUGGAAAAUCUUGAGCACUUGACAUCGCUGCGAGCUAUCAAUUUGGAUCACAACGAAAUCAAGUGGAUGAACAUCUACCAAACCUUACCGUCACUCGAACUCUUGAGACUUAGCUUCAAUCGCCUGAAAAUUAUGGAUGCGUCACCCUUUCCUUCAGUGAAGACCCUAUAUUUGGAUGACAAUCAGCUCAUGACCGUUAGAAACUUAUCGGUAAUGGUUCACCUGGACAGCUUUUCGAUGCGAGACCAAGGCGGACAUAAAAUUGAUAUGGACAUCAGCCAGUUGAGGCGGGUGCGCAAAUUGUUUUUGUCAGGAAACGCAUUGCCGAAUCUACAGGAAUUUCAAAAUUUCACUAAUUUGGAAUACUUGGAGUUGUGCUCAACACAACUUGAGAACCUCCCAAACGACUUCUCCCUCCACUUCCCUAAUCUUGUCAUACUUUACCUUAGUGGUAACUAUUUGGGCGACAUUGCACCUUUAGCCGGCUGCUCGCAACUGCAGAAGUUGGUGCUGGUGGAUAACCGUCUAGACAACCUCAAAACAAUGAAUCAAACGCUCAAACAACUCCAUUCACUUUCAUAUUUGGAUUUACGACAUAAUAACUUAACCUCCAAAUUUUAUGCUACAUUAUCCAACCCUACUGGUCCAUCCGAAGAUCUUAUAUCGCAUUACCUGUCAUAUGAGCACGACGGGAGAUGGAGUGAUAAUGAUCAUGUUUUCCAUCGUUGCAUGCCUCAGCUCUGGCGAAACAAACGAGAAGAGUAUAGAGCAACUAUUUUGAAAGUUUGCAAAAGAAUCAAGUCGCUAGAUGGUAUCAAAUUCGAGAAGAUCGAAUGUAUACAAGCUCAGCAACUGCUUCGCCGCAAGAUUAAGGAUAGGGCCUGAUGCUGGAUGUUUUAUUGGAAGGUUUUCUAAUUUGAAGCUUAUCGCUUUGAUGAUGAGCAGAAGUAGACAUGCAGCGUUAUACAAAUAAAUUGGAUACCGCAUUAUAUGCCAUAAAAAACGACCAAUUCGGUUUAUAUUCAAAAUUUUGUUAACCGCAAAAAAGUGACUGUCCAAAUUUUUCUGUGGCCGGUCCCGCCACCCAUAUUUGACUGACGCUGUAAAGCACCAA